AUGACUGGGACUGCAACUUUGACUGCGAUGGGGAACUGCAACUUUAACUGCGAUGGGGAACUGCAGGCAGGCAGGCAGGCAGGCAGGCAGCCAGGCAGGCAGGCAGGAAGGCAGGGAGGCAGGCAGGGAGGCAGGCAGGCAGGGAGGCAGGGAGGCAGGCAGGCAGGGAGGCAGGGAGGCAGGGAGGCAGGCAAGCAGGCAAGCAGGCAGGCAGGCAGGCAGGCAGCCAGGCAGGAAGGCAGGGAGGCACGCAGGGAGGCAGGGAGGCACGCAGGGAGGCAGGGAGGCAGGCAGGCAGGCAGGCAGACAGAUAUAGAGAGAGAGAUAGAUAGAUAG